GCGUUAAAAGCUUUUUGAGCAGUUGGGGUCAAUUUCCGCUCGGUGGUAGCCGCCUACAUAAAACAGUCUUCAACUUUUCUUUUCCGACAGCCAUCGUCAUGUCCAACAACAACGCCAGCAACAACUUAAUCAUCGCUCAGAGGGCCGUGAAGCAGCUCCGCUUAGAGGCCAGUAUCCGGAGGAUCAAGGUGUCCCAGGCUGCUGCUGAGCUCAGAAACUUCUGUCUGCAAAAUGCCUCCAAAGACCCUCUCCUGGUCGGGGUCCCCUCCAGUGAUAAUCCCUUCAGACCCCCCAAGUCCUGCUCCCUGUUCUGAGAGCAAAAAGAAACAUGGAGGAUUUCUGUAUUUAUCCGUCGAAGGCUGUCUUCACCUCUACUUGAUGUCGCUGUAGAUCUGCCAGCAGCUCCUCUUGGGAUGAUGGGACAUGGGGCUGAUGGGUUCGGGAGGGGAAUUGGUCCACUUGUUUACCAAAACUAAUGGUAUCAUAACUCCAUCUGUUACAUUAAAGUUGGGCUGGGCGAUAUGACAAAAAUCAAAUAUCACAAUAUUUUUGACCAAAUACCUCUAUCGAUAUUGCGACAAUAUCAUAGGGAUGACUAAUGGUGCUUUCACAACAUAUUUACACAAUGAGAGUUUUGAUAAAUAAUCAUCAAUAAUGUGGAUAGUGAGUAAAAGCAAAUAAUAGAGGAGCUAAAACAGUCUGGUAAUCUCAGAAAAUGACUUAAUCGAUAUAUUGCCCAGCCCUACAUUAAAGCAGGGCCACACUCUACAUGUUCGAAAAAAGAAAAAAAAAGGCAGAAAUUGUUAUUGACACUAACCUGACUAAUGAUUAAGCUGUUCUUGGUUUACCCAGCACUAAAAAUGUCCGGUCUCAAUUUACUAAAAAAAUUCAGCCUAUGUGAUUGGAUACUAAAGGUGCAACCUCUUCUUGUAAUUUGUGCUGCAGGUAGAGAAUCAUUCAAGCAUUAAUUUAAAACUAGUUGCCAUUCAAAAAUAAGAACAUGUGUGAUAUACACACUGUAUUUCUUAUUGUGUCUUUAUAAAACACUACAGACUUAAGACUAAGAUUCAAUUGCGUAUGUGGCCUACAGACAUACUGAAAGCUUUUGAGCUAAACCGAUUAGUGUCUUAAACCAUUCAUGUAUUUUUCUGGCAAUGGUAAAGGUGUUCCUACCAUUCUGAGGUACAACAACAUGGUACAGACUUUAACCCUAUGAGUGCAGGGCAUGUGAUUGUAGAAUAACCUUUCAUCCCGUCCAUUUUCUGUAUAUAUUUAACAGCCUGUUGAGGUUGCUUUUAUUAACCUAUAUGUUACAGUCUUUCAUUUUAGAAACACAUCAAGGCCUUGCGCUAUUUGGAUAGUGAAACCUGGGAGCAGAUUUAAUGUCUAGAUACACAAAUGAAUUGCCAACGUUCAUAUCGCUGUUCAAAAGUUCCAAAUAUUUGUAUUUAAUGAAUCAUGCUGCAGAUGACUUGUUGUAUUCAUUGUUUUCUACACUGGAAUCAUUUUCCAAUCAACCAAAACUUUUACUACUGUUACCCUGCAUCUUUCUUAACUUUACUAGUGUGGGCAACCUUUUAGAAAUUAAACUUCUUUUUGGGACACUGAGAAA